ACCCUCCGGCCACAUGUCUGCCCGACUCUGGGAGCCUCCUGCCGUGGCAUGGCACUGCCCUGGGCCCUCACAGCUCUGAGCCUCCUUCCUCUGCUGACCGCCCAGGACCCCACGUGUCCCUACCAGAAGGCCGUGCCGAUCACUGAUGCUAUCCUGGAGCGGCUCUCUGGCAAGUGGUUUUACAUCGCCGGAGUCUUUCGCAACCCUGAGCUGCAGCGGUUGAUUCGAGACGUCAAGGCAACCUUCUUUUACCUUACCCCCAACCUGAAGGAGGACACCAUACAGCUCAGAGACUACGAGACCAUUGGGGAUGAGUGCCACUACAGUGUCAACUCUAGGGACGUCCAGCGGCAGAACGGGACGUUGUCCAGAACAGUGCCGGACGGAGUACAAAUUGUCCACCUUUGGCUCAGCAAGGACCCCAAAGCCUUCAUAUUAUUAUUUGAACCAGAAGACGAGCAGAACCGGGGUCUAGCCUUCUACGCCCGGAAACAGAAGGUGACCAAGAAACAACUGAGGGAGUUCCAGGAAGCCCUCAAGUGCCUGGGCCUGCAGGACGAUGAAAUCCUGUACUUGGAUGGGAAAAAGGAUUUGUGCAGGCCCCUGGAUAAACAGCACAAGAAGGAGAGGAAGAAGGGAAAUGUGGAGUCCUAGGACACAAGGGUGAACUGAGACAGAGUUGGGGGCAGGCACCCUCGGGGAUCUGGACCUAUCUCAUCCCACUUCCAGCUCCUCGUCUCUCAGAUCUUUCCCUGGUUGCAUUAAUAAAGCUUCUGUAUUUGGGA